AUGGCUACAAAAUUUUUCUUACUUACUCUAGCAACAACUACUACUAUGAUUCCCCCAUCUCAAUACAUGAAAAUCAUUAAUCCAAAUGACACUAUUGUUGGUAUUUUUAACACAUCGGCUGGUUCAUCGAGCGGUGUCAAUGUAGGCAAUUGGGUGUCAGAUGAAAGUCCCUCAAGCGCCUUUGAUGACGAUAUAAACACAAAGUAUUUAAAUUAUGCUGCUGGUGAUACUUCGAUUACAAGUGGUCUCCAAAGUGGUUUUUAUGUUACUCCUCUUAUUGGUCGUUCAAUUGCAACAGGAAUUCAGUUUGCUACAGCCAAUGACAACUUUGAAAGAGAUCCUAUAACAGUAACACUUGAGGGUAGUAAUAAUGCAAGUGCACAAUUAUCUUUAGGAGCGAGUUGGAAACUAAUAUAUUCAGGUUCUACUGGUAUUAAUGCAUCUGUGGAUCCGGGCAGAAUGACUUAUGUAGCAAUGCAAAAUUUUAAUAAUACUCUUGCUUAUACCAGCUUUCGAUUAUUAGCCACAUCCAAGCGAGCAAGUUCAUACGGUGUUCAGUAUAGUGAAGUUAGUAUUUAUAAUUUCGUUUAA